GCUGUGGGCAGGGAGCCGGGCUCGGCCGCCAGCACUAAAGAUGGAGAGGCGCCGGGGCCUCGCAGGGGAGGGGGCUCGGCGUUGACGUGGGACGCGGCGGAGGCGCCGCAGCCGGUGGUGAUUUGCUAACCUCGCUGCACAGAGGAGUUGAGGGCGAUGAGAGCGGGUACUGCGAACUGCCGGGCGCUGCCGCCGCUGCCGCCGUGAUUCCGAGAGCAACAGUUCCCCAGCGCACCCCUCCCCGGCGCAGGCACACACCUCCCCAGCCGCACGCACGCCCACCCCACGCGCCCGGCUCGGCAGCGCCCAGGGCACAUACCCUGCCCCGCCACGCAGAGCCCGGAAGGACAGAGAGCCUCAUGCCUAAGCUGUGGGGUGCACCAUGGAUCUGACGAAGAUGGGCAUGAUCCAGCUGCAGAACCCCAGCCACCCCACGGGGCUCCUGUGCAAGGCCAACCAGAUGCGGCUGGCGGGGACCCUGUGCGAUGUGGUCAUCAUGGUGGACAGCCAGGAGUUCCACGCCCACCGCACGGUGCUGGCCUGCACCAGCAAGAUGUUCGAGAUCCUCUUCCACCGUAACAGCCAGCACUACACCCUGGACUUCCUCUCGCCAAAGACCUUCCAGCAGAUCCUGGAGUAUGCCUACACGGCCACGCUGCAGGCCAAGGCGGAGGACCUCGACGACCUGCUGUACGCGGCCGAGAUCCUGGAGAUUGAGUACCUGGAGGAGCAGUGCCUGAAGAUCCUGGAGACCAUCCAAGCCUCUGAUGACAAUGACACGGAGGCCACCAUGGCAGAAGGUGGGGCCGAGGAGGAGGAGGACCGCAAGGCCAGGUACCUCAAGAACCUCUUCAUCUCGAAGCAUUCCAGCGAGGAGAGUGGCUACGCCAGCGUGGCCGCGCCCAGCCUGGCGGGGCCCCUGGUGGACCAGAGUCCUUCCGUUUCCACCUCCUUUGGCCUCUCGGCCAUGAGUCCCACCAAGGCGGCGGUGGACAGUCUGAUGACCAUCGGACAGUCUCUCUUGCAGGGAACGCUGCAGCCUCCCGCGGGGCCCGAGGAGCCCACUCUGGCCGGGGGCGGGCGGCACCCGGCAGCGGCGGCCGAGGUGAAGGCGGAGAUGAUGCAGGUAGAUGAGGUGCCCGGCCAGGAGAGCCCUGGCACCGCCGAGUCCAGCCUUUCCGGUGGCCUGGGGGACAAAGUGGAGGAGAGGGGCAAGGAGGGGCCCGGCACCCCCACCCGGAGCAGCGUCAUCACGAGUGCCCGGGAGCUGCAUUAUGGGCGUGAGGAGAGUGCCGAGCAGCUGCAGGCUUCCGCCGAGGCUGGCCAGGCCCCCCCGGGCCGCCCAGAGCACCCCGGACCCCCCGCCGAGAAACCCCUGGGCCUCUACUCCGUGUUGCCCAACCACAAGGCCGACGCCGUGCUGAGCAUGCCGUCGGCCGUGACCUCCGGCCUCCACGUGCAGCCCGCCCUGGCCGUCUCCAUGGACUUCAGCACCUACGGGGGGCUGCUGCCGCAGGGCUUCAUCCAGAGGGAGCUGUUCAACAAGCUGGGCGAGCUGGCCGUGGGCAUGAAGUCGGAGAGCCGGAGCCUGGGGGAGCAGUGCAGCGUGUGUGGGGUGGAGCUGCCUGACAAUGAGGCCGUGGAGCAGCACAGGAAGUUGCACAGUGGGAUGAAGACCUACGGGUGCGAGCUCUGCGGGAAGCGGUUCCUGGACAGUUUGCGGCUGAGAAUGCACUUACUAGCUCACUCAGCGGGGGCCAAAGCCUUCGUCUGCGACCAGUGCGGGGCCCAGUUUUCAAAGGAGGACGCGCUGGAGACGCACAGACAGGCACACACUGGCACGGACAUGGCCGUCUUCUGUCUGCUGUGUGGGAAGCGCUUCCAGGCGCAGAGCGCGCUCCAGCAGCACAUGGAGGUCCACGCGGGCGUGCGCAGCUACAUCUGCAGCGAGUGUAACCGCACCUUCCCGAGCCACACGGCCCUCAAACGCCACCUGCGCUCACACACAGGCGACCACCCGUACGAGUGUGAGUUCUGUGGCAGCUGUUUCCGUGAUGAGAGCACCCUCAAGAGUCACAAGCGCAUCCACACCGGUGAGAAGCCCUACGAGUGUAACGGCUGCGGCAAGAAGUUCAGCCUCAAGCACCAGCUGGAGACUCACUACCGGGUGCACACAGGAGAGAAGCCGUUCGAGUGCAAACUCUGCCACCAGCGUUCCCGGGACUACUCGGCCAUGAUCAAGCACCUGCGCACGCACAACGGCGCCUCCCCCUACCAGUGCACCAUCUGCACCGAGUACUGCCCCAGCCUGUCGUCCAUGCAGAAGCACAUGAAGGCGCACAAGCCCGAGGAGAUCCCGCCCGACUGGAGGAUAGAGAAGACUUACCUGUACCUGUGCUAUGUGUGAGGCUGGCCCCGGCGCCAGAGAGAGAGAGAGAGGGAGAGGGAGAGGGAGAGAGAGAGGGAGAGAGGGCGGCAGUCCAGGGAGGACUGUGCCAAACCAAGGAAAAAGAAAAAGAAAAAAAAAAAAGGAAAAAAAAUAGGGAAAAAAAUAAAGCUUCCAGAGAGGAGUUCGCUGGGUCCCUCUCGGCUUCUCUCUGAGGCUCCAGGUGACCCCCCCCACCCCGUGCCGCUGCACCCCUUCCUGGGGGCCCUUCAUCCCCGCCCCCUGCUAUCCUGGGCUGGAGGCUGGCCUGGUGUUCCCCGGGGUGAGGCUGAGGGGGGAACAGCGGGGUUCAGCUCAGAGAGGGUGUGUUGUCUGCCUCCCCCCCCACCCUGCGGUGUCCAGAAAAGAGGCCGGGAGGGAGGGGUGCCUGGUUAGACCCCCGACAAUCUGCUGCUCCCCUGCUCACAAAACCCCGCCCCCUAAAGAUGGGAUUGACAGGAGGCAGUGGGAGGGGCAGCCUGGGGAGGGGGGACACGGACUCAGAACAGCAACUCUAGUUUUCCGGGAGAAGCUUGGGCUGUGUGUGGGGGGGUAGGGGGAGCUCCUUCCUCCCCGAGCGUCCCCCCGCCACCCCGGCCUCGCAGCCUCUUCCUCCUCCAGCUGCCCGCUGGGCCCCCCAGCUCCCCUUCCCGAGGGCAUCAGAGAAUGGGGGGCUGCCCGGCCUGGCCACACCCUCUCUCCCAUCACAAGCGCAUUGCUACUGAGCUGCUUUGGCUUCCAGAAAGGAGAGGCAGAGUGAGGGGUAGGGCCUGUCCCCCCCACACACAGUCACUGGGGCCCUGCAGCCUUCGGUCCUGGGAGAGGAAUAAGCAAGGAAGGAAAAGAGGGGUCCUGUCUUUGCACCUGCAGCAGUGGAGACCCCUGUUGGUGGAGUCGGGUGUGGGGCAGUGAGUUCAGUGCAGACAAGGUCCAGGAUCAGGGGCGAGUGUGGCCCUUCUGGCUAGCAGGUCCCUGACUCCCAAGAAGGAGGAGGAGGAGGAGGAGGAAGAGGAGGAGGAGGGUUUUGGCCUUGUAUUAUGUUUUCUUCUUUUUCUGUGUCCUCCCACCCCCCCCCUCACCCCCCCCCCCCCUUAGCACAUUGUACUUGAAUUACCUCAGUUUUUUGUGACCUCAUGAGCUUUCUUAACCCCUGCAUCUCCUUUUUUGGUUGGGGUUGGAGGGAUGCGGGAAGGGAGUUUUUCUGUUUCGGGGCGUAAGUGAAGAGGUGGUUGAGUCCACUUCAGCUGACCCACUCUCAGCCACCCUGGAGGCCGGCCGCCCUCCAGCUAGAAGGAGCAGUGCAAAGCGGAGAACUCAGGACGUGGGGGUGAGGGGGCUGGUGGGCAGAAGGGGAGGGUUGGGGGGGCAGCGCCCGAGCCUGGAGCCCCUCUCGGCUCCGCCUGCGGCCUGCUGUCUUUACCAGUGCACUUACCCGCAAUUUGGGGGGCUCCCUGGGGCCGGGGCGGCCUCGGGCCCUUGCAACAUGUCACCCCACUUUGCGUGUAUUACUGUUGCCAAAAUCGGUCUCUUCCCGGCUGGUGUGGGGGUGCACCAGCCUCGGUUGUGUUUUUUUCGGGGGGGGGGGGGAGGGAGGGGGCGUUGUUUUUCUAAAAGCUACCUCUUAUGUUUGUCUGGUUGUUCUUUGGUUCCCUUCUGGCCUCCCACUCUGCGUCCCUCUUCUCCACGCCCCCCCCCCCCGCCACCCCGUGCCCCCUGAGUUUGGAAAGCCUGUCCGCAGUAUUUACGUUGGCUUCGGGACGGGACGGCCUUCUUGCUUGGUCACGAGAGCUGCUUGCGUAUUUUCUUUCCCUUUCCUGGCUGCCGAGGCUGGCUGCGGCUUUGUAUUUUAGGUUUUAGAAAGUGGUAGAGGAAAACAGUUGGGGGGGAGGGGGGAUGAAGGAUAGGAGUGUCGGAUGAUGGGGUUGCCUAAACCCCCACCCAGCCCAGCCCUCCUGCCCGCUCCCUCCCCCCGAGUCUGCCCCAAUUCCCCCCCAACACCAACACCACAUCUGAAGGCCUUAAAAAUUGUGUGAUGCGGGGACUUGAGUUGAGGGGGACAGUGUGGGGUGCGGAGGGAGGCAGCUUUGCGGCUCUCUGAACGACAGGGGUUUCGGAAAGGAAAAAAGAAAUAUCGGUGAAACUUGAACUACGUGGCGAGAGCAGUCGUUGGGUUUCUGUGAGUGAACGCGGGAAGGGUUCCUGUAGGAAACCAUCGUGCACUAAUGCUUCCUCCCCGAUCUGGGAAGAAGAGAGGGCCUGGCCGGCCCUCGGGAGGUCCCGCAAUCCCAGAAUCCACCCUCUGAACAGCGCGAGCCGUCACUCGGCUCUGGUGGGGAAGGAAACACAAAUCCAAAAUCCAACUAUUCCGAAGCAGGGCCAGUGGGCACGGGACAGAGGUGAGGGAGGGAGAGAGGGCCCCCGCCCCGCCCCGCCCUGCCCCGCCCCCUCCCCCGCCUCCCGGUUCACAAAAAGUUGAGAGGGUUGAGCUAAUAUUUACAAAUUGUAAUAUUUUUGUAAUAUGUGUUGGUUCCUUUGUCAGUUCGACAGGACUGUGCUCUUUCCUUCUGUGAUGUGAAUAGGAGAAAAAAAAAGACAAAAAAAAAAACCAACCAACCACAACCCCUAUCCCUGCACUACCACUGGUGAUCAUACUUCCCUUCAUACUUGUGUGCGUGUGUGUGUGUGUGUGUGCCUGCGUGCUGUUCAUGUGUGCUUGUGUGUCCAAUCACGCGGUGUGGGCAUUCUAGGGGAUGGCGGCAUUGGGUAGCAGGGGGUCAACCUCUGCCGGUCCCCCACACCCCAGGGCCCAGUGGGGUCCUGGGGGAAGCUGGGGAGGGUUGGGAGGGAAGCUGGGAGAUGUGGGCCCCCUCCCCAGGCACCCCAGGGGAGCCCUCCCCGGCCUCUUUCCUGGCUGCCUUCCCCCCAGGACUAAAGAGGAGGGCCCAGGUGAGGGACAGAAGUGACCGGAAGCUUCCCAUGUGUCCGGUAGGGGCGGGGCUGGGGCCACAGGAGGGUGGAGGGGGGCUCUGUCCCCAAACGAGAGCUGAGUCUUUGCACUUAACUUGCCCCCGCUGCCUUAGCUGCUGACACCGCACUUGCUCCUGCCUUCCUUCACCGCAGCUCCUCAGCCGGCUCAGGUCUGAGUCGGGGACUCCCUUUCCUGUGCUCAGCUCCUGCUGAACGUGUGUACCGCUCAACGCUUGCGGCCACAUGUACCCCUCCCCCUUCACGUGCCCCUCCCCGGCCCCGCCCCUCGCUCCUUCCAGGCGUUCAAAUCCUAUGUGUAUAUAGGAUAGACAAAUAUAUAGAGAGAUUAUACAUAGCAAGAGAGAUAUAAAAUAGUAAAUAUCAUUGCUGCUGUGGGCUGCUUCGGAGGAGGCUGCGAAGACGGGGAAGGUAGAUUCGGGCUGCAGGGGGUCGGGGUGGGGCGGGUGGGAGGCUGGGGGACCCAGUGAUUCAGUACAAUCCAGGGAUGCAACGCCGGCUUGUUGAAUCUGUGCCUGAACCGUUUUUCCAUGUUUCAAAAGAAAAAAAAAGAAAAGAAAAAAAAAGAAAAAGUAAAAAAAAAAAAAAAAAAAGCAAGCCACAAAUUUGCAAUGUGUCACACGUGUGCGGUCCCCGUGAGGAGGCUGCGGGUCUGGUGGGCUGGAGCCUGCCACACUGCCCAUCUACUGACCGACCGAGGGGACAGUGGUGGGCAAGGCUGGGGAGGUGGGGCUGGUGGUGGCGGCGGCUUUCUGCACGCCCCACAGGAGAGGAAGCAGGGCCAGUGGGCAUGGGACGGAGGCGGAGGCGAGAGAGGACAGCCCUGCUCCUCGCUCCGGGGCCCUUCCAGAUGCCAGAGACAAAGUGACCAGCUGGGUGGGCGGGGCCCGAACGGGGCGUGGCCAGGGAGGGGCGUGGCCUGGUAGGCUCCGCCCCCACCCAUCUGGGGCCGUGGGCGCUCCCCCCUUCCUACCCCCUGCAGACAGGGUCCCGGCCUCCUGGGGUGUCCUAGGAAUUGUUCCCAUAGUGUUAUGCAUGAUCUUCGUAAGGUUAAGAAGCCAUGGUGGUGGUACACCAUGACAUCGACUCAUAUAUAUAAAGAUAAAUAUAUAUAUAUGUAUGUAAAUUAUAGCACUGAGGCCCCCCCGGCCCUGCUGGACCAAGCAAAACUAAGCCUUUUUGGUUUGGGUUUUUAACGUUUUGUUCCGUUGUAUGUGUGUUUCUGUGGCUUGUCUUCUGUCGUGACAGCGCAAGUGCCAGUCCGGUCGCUCUGUAUCACAGAAUAGUGUUUUUGAUUGAUUGACGUUCUAGUUUAUGUCUACCUCAGCGCCUCCUCUUAGCCUGACUUCAGGGGGCUGCCCAAUUUCGUUUCUUCAAUUUUACUGGUUACUUUUUUGUACAAAUCUCUCUCUCUCUCCCUUCCUCUCUCCCUCCCUCUCUCUCUCUUUCUCUCUGCAUCUCCUUUCCUCUCCUCUCUCCUGUAAAUCUUUUCCAUCCUCUCUAUCUAUCACCUAUCUAUCUAUCUAUCUGUCUCUCUGUCUAUCUCCCUCUCUCUCUCCCGACCUGCUGACCCAGCCCAGUACUCAUUUGGUCCCUCCCAGCCCUGGUCUCUCCAGAAUUGACUGAACUUCUCUGUCGGGCCCUGGUUGCAGCUUCCCGCAUCUGCCUUCGUUCCGUGUAGAUUGAUGCGUUUCUUUGUAAUUUCAGUGUUUCUGACAAGAUUUAAAAAAAGAAAAAAAAGGAAAAAAAAAAGAAAAAAUGAAUUUACUGCUGCAGGUUUUUUUCUCUCUCCAUGUGUCACUAAGUGAAGUUUGUGCCUUCUAUAGCAAAGAGAAUAUUUUUUACAUCCUACUAACAGUAGAUUUUUUUGUAGUGAACAUUUUUUGUAUUUUUAUUUAUAAGUCUCAUAAGAAAAAAUAGCAAUGUUCAGUUGUAUACCUUGAAUCUGCAGUUAGAAGAGAAUAAAGUUAAUUCAGUUGUCUCUGGA